GGAACUUUGAACGUGAGCCACAAGAAUCCAUAAUGUUACCAAAAUAUAAACCCUAAAAAUCCUUUGAAAAAUCCACCAACAUAAAUAUUAAAUCCCCUUCUUAGUUUAUUCAUCUUCGUUUUCAUCAUCAUCAUCAUCAUCUUCACACAACAAUUUCUUUCUCUUUCUGUUUUUUAUCAUUAUUGAGCUUAAAUUUGUUGAAUAGGCCGCAAUUCCUGAUUUUGUUGGUUUUUUGAUUGUAAUUUUGCGGGUGCUACAAAGAUCAAAGUUCUGGAGUUCUGUAGUUGUAUCAGUUGAAGAUCGAUGAUUACUUCUACAAUAGUUUCUCAAGAGGAGAAUUAUGUUCCUCAAUCCAAUUUGUGUAGUAAGAUUUUGUUGAUGACCAGAGUGCAAUCCGAAGCAGGAGAUAACCAUGUUCCAAAGAUUAGAAAGGCUUAUACCAUAACAAAGCAAAGGGAAAGAUGGACGGAGGAUGAGCAUAAGCGGUUCCUUGAAGCUUUAAAAUUGUAUGGCCGAGCAUGGAGAAAAAUUGAAGAGCACGUUGGGUCUAAGACGGCUGUUCAAAUCCGCAGUCAUGCUCAGAAAUUUUUUUCAAAGGUGGUUAGGGAAACAAGUACCAGCAACUCCAUCUCCGCUGAGCCAAUUGAAAUACCCCCACCUCGCCCUAAGAGAAAACCAUCACACCCAUACCCUCGUAAACUUGUUCUUCCAUCAAGAAAAGAAUUGCCUAUGGAACACCAAGCAAGAUCUACAUCUCCAAAUUCUUCAUUCUCUGAGCAAGACAAUCACUCCCCUGCGUCUGUGUUGUCUUUUGUCGCCUCGGAUACUUUAGCAUCUGCGGAUUCAGCUACACCCAAAAGCACCCUGUCCCAAAUAUGUUCAGGCAACUUUGCUGACCAAGUUGCUGUGAUGCCAUGUGAAAAUAAUGCAUCUCUAGGCGGACUGCUUUUGCAUAAUUCAUUACCAAUUGCUCCAUCCUCAGUGAAACUGAAGCUUUUUUCGCACAAGGAGUCAUCCGAGAAGGAAGAUAUAGCUUCUACAAAGGUUUUUAAAUUAUUCGGAAAAGAUUUAGUAGUCCCAGGAAAUCCAUCUGAUUCAUCGACUUGCUCAGGCAAGUCGACCUCUUUAGACAUGGGAGAAGGAGUGCUCCAAGCUUAUCUAAAUGCUUCUAAAAAUGGUGAUAUUGCUGUGACAACUGCGGACUAUAAGACAUUUUUGUAUGCGGACAGGAGUACCAAUCAAGUAGAAAAACCAGUGCCUCUUCCAUGGUGGGUUUUCUUCAAAGGAAUCAACAUUUCUCCAUUUGGGAAUCCCCAAGGGAAAGAAAUUCUGAGAGAGGAAUCAUCUGCUGAUUCAAAUAGUGAUUCGGUUAAUAGAGAAGAGACACCGGUGAAGAACUGGGAAGUAGAGGCGGAGUCCGGUCUAUGCAGUCCAUCAUCUGAAAAAGAUGGCAAAAUUCUAGAGGAUUCAAGUGCUAAGACGACGGAACCCACUUCGCUCGAGAAGAGAACUAGUGUUGACGAUGGUAGGAAGGGCUUUGUUCCAUAUAAACGAUGCUUAUCGAAGAGAGACAUGCAAUUCUCAACAAUAACGAACGAAGAUAGAGAAAGUCGAAGAAUUCGACUUUGCUUGUAGUAUAGCAUUGUGGAUUUUUCCGACUUGCAUAUAGCAUUACAUAUUUUACUUUCCAGACUCGAGACAUAGUUUAGUAUUGAUGACAAAUCGGUACAGUCCUAUGUGUAUGUAUGUAGCAUGUUGGUUCAUGGUUGCGACACCAACCCGAAAAUGAGGUAUGAUCAUAAAACCGCCACAAAAAUGGCGGUUAGCGUGGCUAAUCAAAGGCUCCUGGAUCACUUACUGGAUAUUUUACCCUUGUUUUCAGGUUUCUAGGACUAUUUAGGUGUUGUAUUUUAUGGGACUUGUUCAAAUUUUUGUUCCUCCCCCUUCCUGUUAGGGGUCAUGAACUGUAAAUUAUGAUAAAUAUUCAGAUUUUUGUAACAAUGCUCUACGAUUACUGGUCAAUAACAUAAAUAAAUGCCUUAUUUAGCAGUGUUUUUGUG